CAGAAAAGUUUUCUCUGAUGACGCUACUGUAUAUAAGUGCCACUUCAACUCCUUCUCGCCUGAUCCAGUUCAUCUGAUCAGGACCAAGAUGUUGGGGAAGAUUUUGCUGCUCGUGUUCAUUAUACAGUCAGUAAAGACAGCUAAAGUGUGUUACGAUCGUCUUGGCUGUUUCUCCAAUGACUCUCCCUGGGCAUGGACUCUGCAGAGACCCAUCCCCCGCUUACCCUGGUCUCCGGAGAAGAUAAAUACCCGAUUCCUGCUCUACACCCGGGACAACCUCAAUACCUACCAGGAAAUCAGUGCCGUCCAAAACAAGACUAUUAAAGAGUCCAAUUUCAAAACUUUUCGGAAUACGCAAAUUAUUAUUCACGGGUUUCUGGACAAUGGCGAGAAGAGUUGGAUGAUCGAAAUGUGCCAGGCCAUGCUAAAAGUGGAGGACGUGAACUGUAUCUGCGUGGAUUGGCACGGUGGCUCUUUGGGGCUCUACACUCAAGCUGCAAACAAUAUCCGUGUCGUGGGGGCUGAGGUGGCUUAUUUCACGAAAACUCUCCAGAAUGUUUUUGACUAUUCUCCAUCCAAUGUCCACAUUAUUGGGCACAGUCUGGGGGCACAUGCAGCAGGUGAAGCUGGGAAGAAUCACCCUGGAAUUGGCAGAAUAACCGGAUUGGACCCGGCUCAGCCAUACUUUCAGGACACACCCAUUGAGGUCAGACUGGACCCGUCAGAUGCUAAGCUGGUCGAUGCCAUCCACACUGAUGAUGCUCCAACUCUGAUCAAUGUUGAUUUAGGAGGAUUUGGAAUGAGUCAGACUGUCGGGCACUUGGAUUUCUUCCCAAAUGGAGGACAACACAUGCCAGGAUGUAAAAAGACUGAGAUCCUAAAAGUUGGAAGCCUAGAUCAAAUAACCAACGUGGCAGAUGACUUGGCCGCAUGCAAUCACAUGCGCAGCUACAAGUAUUACACAGAGAGCAUUCUCAAUCCUGAAGGAUUCAUGGGGUACGCUGCAUCAUCCUACGAUGCCUUCCUGCAGGGUGUCGGCUUCCCAUGUCCCAGUACUGGGUGCCCAAUGAUGGGACAUUUUGCAGCACAAUAUUCUGGAAUCACGUUGUUUACACAGAAAUUUUACUUGAACACCGGAGAUAACAAAAUCUUUUCAAGUUGGCGAUACAAGAUCACUGUUAAAGUUCAAGGUGAUUUUAUUUUGCUUGGAUCAUUCGUUGUGUCCUUAGAAGGAUCUGGUGGAAAGACUCAGGAGAACAAAAUACAGGGUGGUCCUAUCAUACCAGGCACGACAUAUACAGCUUUUAUUGAUGCCAACAUAGAUGUUGGAAGUGUCAAUAAGGUAAUAUUUGUUUGGCGCGGGGACCUACUGGGGAUUAAGCGCAUAGGAGCUUCUACAGUGACAGUGCAGUCUGGGAAGGAUGGAGUAAUAUAUACAUUUAAUGACAAUGCCAAAAUGGCGGCUGGAGCCCCCCAGGUACUCACUCUGGUCUAACUGCUGAGAUCGUCCAAAGAUGGCGCUUUCUACCUGUUUACCUACAAAUGACUGAACAACCAGUAAAUAAAGUUCAUCAUGUGUUAUUUCAGGAGCAGAAAGUUUCUGGAUAUGUGUUGUAAAUAAAUGAUGUGACCCCCA